AUGACCGCUGUAGAGACCAAGAUUACCCCGUUCUCGGCCGAGGCUUUCGCCAACGACCAGAAACACCAUAUUCUCCUGGCCGCGAGCGGGUCAGUUGCUACCAUUAAACUCCCUGCUAUAGCCGAGUCUCUUGCUCAGCACAGUAAUGUUGCCAUUCGCAUAGUCCUUACAAAAUCGGCGGGAGAGUUCCUCCAGGGCCAGUCCUCGGAACAACCGCGACUGGAGUCGCUGCGCCAAUUGCCCAAUGUUGAAGCCAUCUACCACGACGAGGAUGAAUGGGCAAAACCCUGGGUAAGGGGCGACAAGAUCCUCCACAUUGAGCUCAGACGCUGGGCGCAUGUCUUACUCGUCGCGCCGCUCUCCGCAAACAGUCUCGCCAAAAUGGCCAACGGGAUCAGCGACGGUCUGCUCCUCAGCGUCAUUCGUGCAUGGGACACCACUGGCAUUAUUGACGCCCGUAAGAAGAGGAUAUUCGUCGCCCCAGCAAUGAAUACAGCCAUGUGGGUUCACCCAAUUACCAACAAACAAGUGGAAGUGCUCGAGCAGGAAUGGGGUCAGCGCGAGGACGGCUGGGUGUCGGUUCUGCGGCCUGUCGAAAAGGAGUUGGCGUGCGGAGAUGUCGGAUCGGGUGCAAUGAUGGAUUGGCGUGACAUUGUUCGACAAAUCGAGGAGCACUUGAAUUUGGUGCAGGAUGUUUAG